GCGCAUGCUCGGCAUACAUCAAAACGGAACUGACGUCACCAACUCGGUGACCAUCACGUGUCCUUGCCAAUCGAAAGAUGGCGGCCGCCAGGAGGCUACUCCAUGCCCCUGUAGCUUGGAUACAUUACGGCCGUCGCCCUCUAUCUUCGGCCUCCUCCCCGAGCUCAGCAGCCAUCCGCAGCACCUUCUUGCGCUAUUUCGAGGAGCAGAAUGGACACAGACACGUCCCGUCCUCCUCCGUCCGGCCCCGGGGAGACCCCAGUCUGCUCUUCGUGAACGCCGGCAUGAACCAGUUCAAGCCCAUCUUCUUAGGCACAGCGGACCCCCGCAGUGAGAUGUCGCAGUACCGCAGAGUGGUGAACAGCCAGAAGUGUGUCCGGGCUGGAGGGAAGCACAAUGAUCUGGAGGAUGUGGGGAGGGAUUCCUACCAUCACACUUUCUUUGAGAUGUUAGGAAACUGGUCAUUUGGAGAUUACUUUAAGGAAGAUGCCUGUAGGAUGGCCUGGGAGCUUCUCACUCAGGGUUACCAGAUCCCCGCUGAGCGCCUCUAUGUCACGUAUUUUGGUGGCGACCCAGAGCUGGGUUUAGCAGCAGACGAGGAGACCAAGGAGAUUUGGCUGAGCCUGGGUAUAUCACCAUCACACCUGCUGCCCUUUGGUCUAAAGGAGAAUUUCUGGGAGAUGGGGGAGACGGGUCCCUGUGGCCCCUGCACCGAGAUUCACUAUGAUCACGUGGGUGGCCGGAAUGCUGCUGCUCUGGUGAACCAGGACAGCCCGGAUGUUGUAGAGAUAUGGAACCUGGUGUUCAUGCAGUAUAACAGAGAGGCGGACAGAAGCCUGAGACUGUUACCGCACCGUCACGUGGACACAGGGAUGGGACUGGAGAGACUGGUGACCGUCCUCCAAGGCAAGCGCUCCAACUACGCCACAGACCUGUUCACACCCAUCCUGAGGGCCAUUGAGAAGGGCUCCCAGGCUCCCCCAUACCGGGGCAUGAUGGGAAGAGAGGACUGCAAUCACGUGGACAUGGCAUACCGUGUGGUGGCGGAUCACAUCCGGACGCUGUCUGUCUGUAUUGCUGACGGAGUAUACCCCGGCAUGUCCGGAGCAGAACUGGUGUUGCGUCGUAUCCUACGCAGAGCUGUCAGGUUCUCCUCCGAGCUUCUCCGGGCCCCUCCUGGCCUCCUGUCUUCUCUGGUCCCCACCGUGGUGGAGAUUCUGGGAGAGACAUACCCAGAGCUGGUGAGGGAACAAUCACAGAUUAUGAGAAUUAUUAAUGAAAACGAGGAGGCAUUUCUGAUAUCUCUCCAGCGCGGGAGCCACAUCAUAGACCGCACACUUCAGGAAGAGGGGUCUCAGAAACCUUUCCCGGUGAACGUGGCCUGGUCUCUGUACAGGAACUUGGGCUUCCCCCUGGAUCUCAUUACCCUGAUGCUGGAGGAGAGAGGAUCUUCCCUGGAUAAGGCUGCCGUAGAGCAGCUUGCGGUGGAAGAGGCAGAGAUGAAGGUCAGGAACCAGCAGGCGGAUAAAGCCGCAGCCGUCCUGCAGCUGGAUGUCCACUCUCUGGCCGAGCUACAACGCAGGGGGGUCACUGGCACCAAUGAUUCACCAAAGUAUGACUACCAUCUGGCGGCUGAUGGUAGAUACGUGUUUAGCCUCUGUCAGGCCACCGUGCUGAUGCUGUACAGGGACCAGUCGCUGCAGACUGAGGUUGGUGGGAAUCAUCGCUGCGGUGUCAUCCUGGACCGGACCUGUUUCUAUGCGGAGCAGGGUGGGCAGAGCUCUGACCUGGGGUACUUUGUACGACAGGGAGAACAGGAUGUUCUGUUCCCGGUGGAGUCUGUACACAUGGCAGGGGGUUACGUGUUGCAUGAGAUUAUUGCAACAGAACCUCUGAGGGUCGGGGAUCAGCUUCUGCUGUUUCUGGAUGAGGCCCAGCGGCUGGCAUGCAUGAUAAAGCAUACAGCCACCCAUCUGCUGAACUUUGCCCUGCGCCAGGUGCUAGGGGAGAGCACGUCACAGCGAGGGUCUCAUGUUACGGCAGAUCGUCUCCGGUUUGAUGUUAGCGUCACGGGUCCGGUGAGCAGCCGGCAGCUGCAGGAGGUUGAGAAGCUGCUGCAGAAUCUGAUUGCACAGGACCAGGAGAUUCACACUGCACAGCUGCCGCUCUCCGACACUAAACGUAUCCAGGGUCUCCGCACUGUGGAUGAGGUGUACCCGGAUCCUGUGCGCGUUGUAUCGGUUGGUGUUUCCACGGAGACAUUAUUAAAUCCGAGCUCUACGGCUGCUCGCCAGACAUCAGUAGAACUUUGCUGCGGCACGCAUUUGCUCAGGACAGGAGCCAUCGAGGACAUAGUCAUAGUGUCUGAAAAACCACUUGCCAAAGGGAUCGUUCGUCUCAUCGCUGUUACUGGGGAAGAAGCCAAACAGGCGCGUGAGAUGGGACAGGCGCUGUGGCAGGAUGUGGAGUCCAUCACUGAGCGAAUGAAGACCAGGCCGUCGUCUUUCAGCGAAGUUCAGCAGUUGUCCAAGGAGAUCGGACUCCUGACCGAUAGCGUGGAAAACGCCACCGUUCCUCAGUGGCUGAGGAAGGAACUGCAGGAAUCUCUCAAGUCUCUACAGAGAUCUGCUAACACAGCGUUACGCAAGGUGGAAGAGAGACUGGCUGCAGAGAAAGUUCAGGGCCUCGUGGAGAAGCACUCCCAUCAUCCACUCAUUCUGGAUUCUGUGCAGGUGGAGACACUUCCGGUGCUGGUGAAGCUGGUGAAACAGCUGUGUGACAGGUGUCCGGGGUCAGCGGUGAUGCUUCUCAGCAGACAGAGCUCCGGGAAAGUGCUGUGUGCGUGCCAGGUCACAAAGGGGUCCACGUCUGGCCUGUCAGCCGCAGAGUGGGCUAUAGCGGUGUGUUCCGCAAUGGGAGGAAAAGCCGGUGGCACCGACGUUGUGGCCAAGGGAACAGGGACAUGUGAGACCCUGGAAGAAGCUCUGGAAGCAGCUGUACAGUUUACACAGAUAAAGCGGCGGUCCGACUAGCAUAACACGCUACCUGCAGGAGAAAAGUAGCCCCUGGUCCUGAGCCAACAUGUGUGGGACAUGGGAAGGUCAUACAUGUGUCAUUACUGCUGCUGGAAGUGAGGGGAUAUGAGAUGAAGUCUAUUCUAUAAUAGUGAGGCGUGUUCCAGACGGAUGUUCAGUCAACUCCAUAUCAGCUCUGUGAGCUACAGGUAAAUCUACACGUAUACAGGAAGCCACACGUGUAGAUUAACCCCAAGUGACAGUAGUUGUAAUAAUCAUUGCAGCCAUUAUUGGCAAUCGAUUACUACUCCCUGGUUCAAUACAUUAGCAAUCCUGGGACUCGUCAUUCAUUCUUGGCCAGUGAUCCUGCAAGUUAUCUGCUAUAAUUAUAUUUUUGUUUUAUAUAUUUAUAUAAAUAUAUUAUAUUAUA